AUGGCAAACAGCGCAGCAACGUUGUGUGCACGAUACUGUACCACAAAGCUGUCGUUGGCAGCGCAAGUACAACACGAAGAGAGCUCGUCGGUGGAGGCGGCGCAUGCACGGAACGAAAAGGGACAUCGGGCGCGGCACGAGCGGUUCUGGGAUCACUUGCUGCAGUGGCAAGAGGCUGCUAGAAAUUCCACCGACAGUCGCGCGCACAUCGACCUGGACACGCAGGAUUUGGAACGGUCCUUUGGACCGGCGUUUGCUCAGUUGUACAUGGCGAUUGUGGCCCACCAGCCGUGGAUGCAGUGGGCGUCAUCCUUUAUACCAUUUUUGCCCUCGACGAGUGCCGACCGCAAGCAUUUCAACGUCCGACUGCAGCGUUUCUUCGACAUUCACGGGCGGGCCAUGUGGGAGCAGUACUUUUGGACCGGCAGUGGGGUGAAGCCUUGCGUCGGGCCAAGCCAGCGCUUCGUCUACGCCCGUGCAGAGAUGGGAUUACUUAUCUACGACCUGUACCAACUCGAAGGCGUGGCCGCACUUGUGUUUUUGGACGGGUAUCCGCAUCCGUCCUGGCCGUCGCUACUGCUGCGUCCUGUGCACUUGAAACGAAUGGAGAACGCACGAUUGUAUGUCGAAGAGCAGCAUACGAAGCGAUGGCCGGACUACACCAAGUACCAACGAGUUGGCCACUACAAAAUCCCACACGACACGACGGCGCCAUGGCCAGCGCCGUGCGCAUCGUUUAUUCAAUGGGCAGCGGGCCGGAGCAAGGGAUCGUGUGCAGCUGACGCGUGGCUCGAAACGGGAGCAACGCCCGAGUGGUUUGCCAGCGUGUUGAACGAAAUGAAGGCGACUGCUGCAGAACGCUGCGUUCAACAAGGGCGUCACAACGAUGCGACGUGCCCAUACAUUUGCGUCAUGGUGGCGGACCAUAUUCCACCGCAUUGGAAGGUGCCCGACGUCCUUCCAUCCAAGUGGGUGUGGGAUGCGACGUCGCGGUCGGUCGUCGAGUGCUGUGACUAG